AUGAAGCCGUCUUGGCUGCAAUGUUGCAAAGUCACCGGCGCCGGGGGGCUCGGGGGGCCACUGCCCAGGUCCACUCCGGCCCGGGAAACCGGCCCGGCCCGCAGGGCUUAUGUGGCCCCUGGCCCAAGGCGCGGUCUCGGGGGCUGGGGCUGCCGGGCUGUGUCCUCAGGCGGUGGCGGCGAGUACAAGACCCACUUUGCGUCCUCGGUGGCAGACCCGGAGAGGUUCUGGGCCAAAGCCGCCACGCAGAUCAGCUGGUACAAGCCCUGGACCAAAACGCUGGAGAACAGAUACCCGCCUUUCACCAGUUGGUUUGUGGAAGGAAUGCUUAACAUUUGUUACAAUGCCGUUGAUCGUCAUAUUGAAAGUGGUAACGGAGAGAAGAUUGCCAUCAUCUAUGACAGUCCUGUUACAAAUACUAAAGCAACUAUUACCUAUAAAGAAGUCCUGGAGCAGCCCAAGGUGGUUGUAACAGCAUCAUUUGGCAUUGAACCUGGAAGGAGGGUAGAAUAUAUGCCACUUAUGGAAGAAGCACUGAGGAUAGGACGACACAAACCAGACAAAGUUCUGAUUUAUAAUCGUCCAAAUAUGGAGAAGGUUCCUUUGACUCCAGGUCGUGACCUUGAUUGGGAUGAAGAGAUGGCAACAGCACAGUCACAUGACUGUGUUCCUGUUCUUUCGGAACAUCCCCUGUAUAUUCUUUACACAUCUGGAACAACAGGAUUGCCCAAGGGUGUGGUUAGGCCCACUGGAGGAUAUGCUGUAAUGCUAAACUGGUCAAUGUCUUCUAUAUAUGGACUUAAACCUGGAGAGGUGUGGUGGGCAGCUUCUGAUUUAGGCUGGGUUGUUGGACAUUCCUAUAUCUGUUAUGGACCUCUUCUACAUGGGAACACAACAGUUUUAUAUGAGGGGAAGCCUGUGGGAACACCAGAUGCUGGUGCUUAUUUCCGUGUGCUGGCGGAGUAUGGAGUGGCUGCCUUGUUUACAGCGCCGACUGCAAUUAGAGCAAUCCGUCAACAGGACCCUGGGGCAGCCUUGGGGAAGCAGUACACUCUGACAAGGUUCAAAACAUUGUUUGUGGCUGGCGAACGCUGUGAUGUGGAGACCCUAGAAUGGUCCAAAGAGGUCUUCAGAGUACCCGUCCUAGACCAUUGGUGGCAAACUGAGACUGGAUCCCCAAUUACAGCUUCAUGCGUUGGAUUAGGUAGUUCUAAAACACCUCCACCAGGGCAAGCAGGAAAAAGUGUUCCAGGAUACAAUGUUAUGGUUUUGGAUGACAACAUGCAAAAACUGAAGGCUCGGUCCUUAGGAAAUAUUGUGGUAAAGUUACCAUUACCACCUGGGGCUUUUUCCGGACUCUGGAAGAAUCAGGAAGCAUUCAAGCAUUUAUACUUCACAAAAUUUCCUGGAUACUAUGACACCAUGGAUGCUGGUUACAUGGAUGAAGAAGGUUAUGUGUAUGUUAUGUCUCGAGUUGAUGAUGUAAUAAAUGUUGCAGGUCAUAGGAUUUCUGCAGGUGCCCUUGAAGAGUCAAUCCUUUCCCAUGGUACUGUGGCAGACUGUGCUGUUGUUGGCAAGGAGGAUCCUUUGAAAGGUCACGUCCCGUUAGCACUCUGCGUGUUGAAAAAAGAUAUAAAUACAACUGAGGAACAAGUUUUGGAAGAAAUUGUGAAACAUGUUAGAGAGAGCAUUGGUCCUGUGGCUGCUUUCCGAAAUGCAGUGUUUGUCAAACAGUUACCCAAAACCCGAUCUGGCAAAAUUCCCCGGUCAACUCUAUCUGCCCUCGUCAAUGGAAAGCCAUAUCAGAUAAGUCCUGCAAUUGAGGAGCCCAACAUUUUUGAGCACAUAGAAGAUAUGCUGAAGCAGGCAUUCUGA